ACUUUCAGUCGUGACUCAGACUUGGGUGAGGGAGGACGUGCGUUGCGCUGCUCCCCGCCUCUCACACACGCAUACAGUGAUAGACAGACUCUUGCAAGGUGGACUGUUGAGUGUGGCGUGAAUAAAGUGUUGUGCUCGUGUCUUCAACCGGGAAAUCAUGAGUGGGCCACGCAUCACCAUCCAGGACACAGAGCAGAGGGGCAUCAGCUGCAGCUACAGCAGAGACGGACGAACCCCAGGCGUGUACUACCCAUCUGACCCCUGCGUGCCGCCGCCACCGCGCUCCUCACGUAAGGAAGCUUGGAGAGGCCUCGUCACUGCCCUCCGCCAUCCAGUGUCCCGCGCCAGAAGCUGUCUGGCCCGCCUUGCCUCUCGCGUCGCUCCCCCUGCCACCGCCGCCACGAAGAACAACGCCAUGUCCGGUGCCAAGAAGAACCCGCCAGCCCCGGCCCUGCACAAGGUCAUCAUGGUGGGCUCAGGUGGUGUAGGGAAGUCAGCUCUCACACUGCAGUUUAUGUACGAUGAGUUUGUGGAGGACUAUGAGCCGACCAAGGCAGACAGUUACCGCAAGAAGGUGGUGUUGGACGGGGAGGAGGUGCAGAUAGACAUCCUAGACACUGCCGGCCAGGAGGACUACGCCGCCAUCAGGGACAACUACUUCAGGUCAGGUGAAGGCUUCCUGUGUGUGUUCUCCAUCACUGAAGACGACUCCUUCCAGGCGACACAGGAGUUCAGGGAACAAAUAUUGCGUGUGAAAAAUGACGAGCACAUACCCUUCCUGCUGGUUGGGAACAAGGCAGACUUGACAGAGCGCAGGAAAGUGUCAGAGGACGAGGCCAAGAUGAGAGCCAACCAGUGGGGGGUACCGUAUGUGGAGACCUCAGCUAAAACUCGCGCCAACGUGGACAAGGUUUUCUUUGAUUUGAUGCGUGAGAUUCGUUCUCGCAAAUUGGAAGAUAAUAAGAACACCAAUGGCAAGGGUAAAGAUCCUGGCAAGAGGAAAAAGCCCAAAUGCUGCAUUCUCUAGGCUUUCUACGACCUGACACGCCUGAUUUCCGGCAGUAAGCAGCAGCCCGUGAGUCCCCCCGUGCCAGACGACAAAACCAUCAGGUGUUGCUGCAUCUCCUAGUGCCCCUCCCUCCCACACCAGGACUCAUGGCCAGCCCUCACACCUCACCCACACCCACACCCACACCCACACCCACACACGCACACUAUCUUUUGCUCACAUGCACGCACAUCUAAACACACACACACACACACACACACACACACACACACACACACACACACACACACACACAGCAUGCACAGCUAUAUUUAGUCAACAGAAUAUUAUGGGGAAAUUACACUAUAUAAUGUCAAAGUAAAAUUCCUUCAAAAUGUUGAAGCUAAUUUUUACUCACCUGCAAGUUUAGCUUUGGAAGCUUAUUCUGGAGAAAAUAUCUUGAAUGCCCAUAUAUCAGGAUUAGCAGGUUAAGGUAACCAAAGCAUUUGACUCUGACUUACUGUUUCUUGCACUAAUAUUCAUUCCAUAAUUUACAUUAAUGUCUGAUGAUGUUUCCUUUUUUUUUUUUUUUUCCUUUGUUUGAUCCUUUUGUGGUUGAAUAUUGAUAUCAUGUUAAUCUUACAUAACUGAAGUGAUCUAUUAAAUGCUAGGUUAGUCUGAAGACAAAUGUACAUUAAGAUUUCUGUAAGUUUUUUGUAUACUCGUAGAUUUAAGUCACAAUGAGGUCUGACUGUUUACUGUUAUGUUCAUGAGGUGUUGGUUGGAGUGAGAAGGUGGACACUGUGCUGGUGGGUGCAUUUCCUAUCUCCUGGGUGACACUGUCCAUGUAACCGAUGGUCCCCCAAGUGUGAGCGUCCUCUUCCUGUCCCGACCCAACACCUCACAUUGUAUGUCACGUGUAAUGCCGAGAUUACCCUUAUUGUAAUAAAAUAUGUAAAGUUAAAUUUUGCUUGGAAUAGAACGUAAGCUUCAUGCCAGGGAUCAUGACGGGGGUGUGGAAACUUCAUCUUCAUGUCACAACUCAGAGUGACAAGAGGGAGCUUUUAAAAUGAGUGCUAAGUGAAGAAACCUUGAAGGAUUAACAAGCAUUCUCUCUCUCUCUCUCUCUCUCUCUCUCUCUCUCUCUCUCUCUCUCUCUCUCUCUCUCUCUCUCUCUCUCUCUCUCAGUUUUCCUUGCUGGUGGUGAUGAAUGACUGGUGGGGAGCUUACGGACGAGUGGUGUUGAGGCAGGAGUGAGAUCGCUGACGAGCCUCAAAACCUUUAUGGUGCUGAGCUGAGCAAUAAUAAGCAGUGGAGUGCAGUAUUAGGAAUGGGAUCAGGCUUACUAUGUUACUGUGGCAUCUUACAUUUGGAGAGGAUGUAUAGUUUUCUUUUUAUCAAGGAGAAACAAUGCUGCUUGUUUUCUUGGGCAAGUGUGACAAGAUAGGCUGAAUUAAUUUUUUCCUUUCUAAUCAGUGGAAAAGGAAGUUAACAGUACCAGGUGUGAUGAAAUUUGCUGGAGGUUUUCUUAAGUGUUAAUCAGUGGAAGAAACAAAAUAUACAAGCAUGCCAGCACCACACUUUGCUUGCCUGAGUCCAUGCAUUUCCCACCUCCUGAGAGAGUAUUCCUGUCACCCAGACCACAUGUACACCUUUGUCUCAGAGUGGAAAGACAUGCAAGAGUUUGUGAUUUGUGGUAUUUUGUAUUUUGGGGCUUAUUUUGGUUGAAGUAUUACCUCUGAUUCCAGUAAUUGUUGAGUUACUUACCACUAGGCUUUGGAAAUGUCAGUGUGUGCGUGACUAUCAUGGAGGCACAGCAGUGGACGCUACACUUCACUGCACCCAGUAAACUUGUCCUGUGCCUUUCCUUUGAUUCCUAAUGACGAAAACAGCAUUUGAGAAAACAUGCUUUCAUCUUUGUAUCAUAUUCGAGAUUCUAACUUUUUAAAAAUGCAUGAAUGUGAUGAAUGAGCUGAUUAAAAUUUUAUAAAGUGACAUUAGUGAGCUUGAUGUGUAACCCUGUGUGUGCUGUGUGCCUGUGUAACCCAGCAGAGUGGAGUGAGAGGAGCUGCACCGUUGCCCAGCCAGGCGACCCUGAGCCUCAAGGUGUGCACGUGUUGCCGUCUGUCGUGUUUUGCUUAGUAACCAAACUAUUCAAGAAAAUGAUGCACGAAUAUAAUUAACCAAAACUGGAAGGAUGAGUCUGUUCAAUCUUUGGUUAGCUUUUUAUCAGUUUGUUGUAAGUGUAAAGUGUGUUGAUCCUUACGUGGUUCCUGCCCUUGCCAGAUUUAAAAAUUGUUGUAUUGGGACGCUAGGGAAGAUUCAGUGCUUGAAUUCAUGGGAGUAAUGUUCAUGUUUUGAAGUUUGUUGACUGUCAAUGGAAAUGCCAUUUGAUCAUUCUUUUAUUCAUUGUGCAACUACUGCAAAUACAUAUAGACUGUUUUCAAAAGUUGAUUUCCUGAGAAAUGAAGAGGAAAACUUUUUUCCUGAGCUUACAUAUCCAUAUGACAAGAUGAGAUCAUAUCCUAAUUUGAUCCUCCAAUGGACAUUUAUUUUCAUUCUUCAUUCGCAAAAGAGAAGGCUGUUACUUAGAAUAUUUGCUUUGUAUAAUUGGAGUUACUAUGAUAGUGUGUGUUAUGUGACCUGAGAGGUAAAACUUUGCACAAUUUGUUUAAGUUGAUAUAUCAAAAUAUUUUUGUAAUGUCACCAAGACAUAGCUGUUUCCUGGUAGUAACCAAUUACCAUACUGGUGCAGUUUGAAAGAACCUUAAACAUUUCAAAUCCUUUUCUAGUCAUGGUUACAAAAGGGCACAUGUUCAUUUCUGUUACAUUGUUAUAUCUUUCUUUUACCAGACAGGAAAAUUUGCAUCAAAUUCAUCAGUGACAGUUUGGAAAUAACAACUUGUGUAGUUCUGGAAAGCAGAUUAUGAAAAUAUGAUUUUUAUUUAUUAAUUUUAGCUGCAGUUUGUACAUUUACUAUGUAAUAUAUGUCAAAAUAUA